AUGCUUGCAGUAGAUUUGAAAGGCCCUUGUCAGGCUCCUAUUCAUAUUCAAGUUGAUGGUAUAAUUAUAGCACCUAAAAACCCAGGUGAAGUUUCUGCUGAUCAAUGGGUCAAGAUUCAAUAUGUUGACUCCUUAACCAUAUCUGGUAAAGGAGUUUUUGAUGGUCAAGGUGCAAUGGCAUGGAAACAAAACGAAUGUUCCAAAACCUUCCAGUGCAAACUGCAUUGCAUGAAUUUUGGUUUCAACUUCAUCAAUAAUUCGGUAGUUGGUGGAAUUACUAGCAAGGAUAGCAAACACUUUCAUGUCAACCUUUUGGGGUGCAGAAAUUUCACAUUUGAUGGGUUCAUAGUCAGUGCUCCAGGUGACAGUGCCAACACAGAUGGCAUCCACGUUGGAAGAUCCACUGGUGUGACUAUUCGUAAUACAAAAAUUGGCACUGGAGAUGAUUGUGUCUCACUUGGUGAUGGUAGCAGACAGGUAACUAUUGAAAAUGUGGAAUGUGGUCCUGGUCAUGGUAUUAGUAUUGGUAGCCUUGGGAAGUACAAAGAAGAAGAACCUGUUGAAGGUGUUGUAGUUAAGGGUUGCACUUUGAGAGGAACUACCAAUGGAGUGAGGAUAAAGACUUGGCCUAGUGAGCCAGGAACCAUUACAGUUACUGAUAUGAGAUUUGAAAAUAUUACCAUGGAAAAUGUUAGUAACCCUAUCAUCAUAGACCAAGAGUAUUGCCCAUGGAACCAAUGCUCCAAACAGACUCCAUCAAAAGUCAAGAUAAGCAAAGUUGUGAUCAAGAACAUUAAGGGAACUUCAGCAACCAAAGAAGGAAUGAUUCUUGUCUGCAGCAGGGGUGUACCAUGUGAGGCUGUAGAGAUAUCCAAUAUUGAUCUCACAUUCAAUGGAACUCCCACAUUAGCUAAAUGUGCUAAUGUUAAGCCAAUAAUAUUGGGGAAUGCUCCUCUCUGCGUUCUUUAG